GGAUGUGGUGUUGACGUUUAGACUGGGUGCCGCCUCUUAUCCACCCUCCCCAGUCGAUCCUCGCGACAUCUACCUUUUAACAAUCUUAUAUUCCCACAUCCACCUUACCCAUUUUGAAGCAUUUCCAUCCAGGCCGAAGUCUAUCUAUCAAUCGAUCUAGGUAGUUUACCUAGGUAGUUGUCCGUUGCGGAUAACUCGGGAUUUCCCUUUCUCCUAAACCGGCCCGAUGUCGAGAAAGACGUUGCGCGUCCUCUGCUUCGGCGACUCGUUGACGUUCGGGUUCCCGGUGGGUAGGCCGUACGCGGAGAAGCUGGCGGAGAAGCUCGAGGAGGCGCUUCUGGGGCACGGCUACGGCGAGAUUCAGUACGAGGUCGAAGGGGUACCGGGGGACUUGGUGACGCGAGGAUCGUUUAUCGACCGCAUGCAGGAGUCAUGGAAGGGUAGAUCGAACUUUUACGACUGGACGAUAGUCCUCGGUGGGACUAACGACCUUGGUUGGGGCUGUCCAGUAGAAGAUAUCGUCGCGGGCUUAAAGCGGGCCUGGGACAUACCGUUAUCGAAAGGGGGCAAGGUGCUCGCCUUAACGAUACCGGAUACCAAAGCCCGAUAUAAGGGCGUUAACGAACGACGGGAUGAAGUAAAUGCUGCCAUUAAAGAAUAUAGGAAGCCCAACUUCUUCUAUUAUGACUUGUGCAGCGCCAUACCAUACCACGACAUGGAACCCUCGGAUAGGCCCAAGUACUGGCAGAUGGACGGCGUGCACCUGACGGAAGCCGGCUACGACCUGAUGGGGGAGAGCAUCUCCACGGAACUCGUCAAACUUAUACGGCUCGCCGAAGCCCAGGACACGGAUAUCAGCAGCAUCGCAACGGACGCGCGGCAAAGGCAGGCCAUCGAGGAUCUGAUCUUCGAGGAGGAGAGGGGGAAUCCGAGACUGCUUAGCCAGGGUUACAUAGUCGUGCGGAAGGCGGAUUUAGAUUAGAUCAGAUUAACUACCUAACUAUAGGUAACUAAUGCAUUAAGAAGUAUUACCGUCAUUUCGUGUUAUUCAUUCGUCCCUUGAUACUCUCUCUAUUUGAUUGAUGAUGGUGGAAUGAGAGGGGCUUCUUACUCUCCAGAAUUCCCCUAAGUCAUGCUAUGCGUAACGUGUCCGUCCUUGA